AUGCUCACCACGCUCACCGACCUCACCGCCAAGGUUUCCGAGCUCGCCACGCAGACCGCCGCUCUCAAGCCCUUGAUCCCGCUCGCCAAGCAACUCGACGGCUUGCCGGACAAGGUCACCACCCUCCGGGCUGCGGCAUUCGAGGGCGCGAGUAAGAUCGCCGCCCUGAGCCUCGCCGUCUCGCGCCUGGAGAAGGCGCAGCGCGGCGACGCUGACCCCGCCAUGGACGUCCUCGCGGGGGCAUCCACAUCAGCACCGGGACCCCUUCCGUUCCGCGAGACGCCGCAUCUUCCUCACCGUGACGCCGAGGGUGAGGAUACCGCAGAUCCACGUUUCCAUCCUCGCACACGCAUCGAAUUCCCAACGUUCGAUGGCAAAGAAGAUCCACUGCCCUGGCUGAAUCGCUGCGAGACGUUAUUCCGGUGCCAGAACACGCCAGAACGUCGGCGCAUUCCGUACGCGUCGCUGCAUCUCACCGGUUCAGCCCAACUCUGGUUCAAUCGGCUAGAGCUGACGUCGGGUACGCCGUCGUGGCGCCGCUUCGCACAACUCGUGCAACAGCGCUUCGGCCCACCCAUAACGGACAGCCCCGUCGGCGAGAUCAUGCUGCUCCGCCGGGACGGUACCGUGGACGACUACACCGACAAGUUUCUCGCCCUCGCCUGCCGCGACGCCGAUCUGACGGAGUCCCGGUUGGUCCAGAUGUACACGGCCGGCCUCGUCAACCCGCUCAAGACCAACGUUGUGCUGCGCCGCCCAUCGACCCUUGAUGACGCCAUCAUGCUCGCCAGGGCCUACGAACAAUGCAUGCAUCUGUCAUCUACAGAUCCAGGGCCGACCAGGGGCUCGCGCUCCUCGCUCCGAUCCUCGUCCACCCACACGGCAACAGCUUCGCCCGCAUCAUCUGCAACCGACACGGCAUCAUCGGCGACGACGGGCUCGGGCAGGACCACAUCACUCGCGUCCACCCUUCCACGCAGGCGUCUCUUACCGGCAGAGAUGACUCAGCGUCGUGCAGAGGGGUUGUGCUAUAACUGCGACGAGAAAUUCGUCGCGGGCCACCGAUGCAAGAAACUCUUCGUCGUUGAGAUCGUCGGGUUCGACGACCCAGAGGCGACCGCGGCGGCCACCGACACCUCAGCCAUGGACGAUGCACCCGGCAUCUCUCUGCAUGCGAUCACCGGCGUCCGAGCGCGCGGAUGUCAGACGAUGAAGGUGCUCGUCUCCGUAGGCGGCGUGACUGGGGUAGCCCUACUCGACUCGGGCUCAUCCCUCAACUUCGUGGACGUCAACAUGGCACGGCGAGUGGGCGUUCAACUCCAGCCGUGCCCGAACCUCUCGGUCACCGUCGCCAACGGCGAUCGCGUGGCGUCUCCAGGCAAGGUGUCGGCUCAGCACGUCAGCAUCGGAGGGGAGGCGUUCAACAUCGACCUAUACGCCCUCCCCUUGGGCGACUACAACAUGGUACUUGGCGUCGAGUGGCUGGGCACCCUGGGGCUGAUCCUCUGGGACUUCGCGAGGCACACGUUGUGCUUCACACGGGCGGGGAAGUCCAUCACAUGGAAGGGCACUGCCACUACACCAGGCCUGGUGUCCGCGUCCCUCAUGAGUCGCGACAGCGACUUGCUCGACACCCUGCUUGAAGAGUUCGAGCAUCUCUUCGCUGAACCCCAGGGUUUGCCUCCAGAGCGCUACCUCUGCCAUCGGAUCCGCCUCAAACCCGGCGCAGGAGCCAUCGCCGUCCGUUCCUACUGCUACGCCCACGCCCAGAAGGACGAACUCGAGCGCCAGUGUGACGAGAUGCUGCGUCUGGGCAUCAUCAGGCACAAUACGUCGGAGUUCUCAUCGCCGGCACUGCUGAUCCGCAAGCGUGACGGCUCCUGGCGCUUUUGCGUGGACUAUCGGGCGCUCAACGACGCCACCAUCAAGGAUAAAUUCCCGAUCCCGGUGGUGGAGGAGCUUCUAGACGAGCUGCGCAGGGCACGUUUCUUCACCAAGCUCGAUAUGCGAUUGGGGUACCACCAAGUGCUCAUGCAUCCCGAUGAUGUCCACAAGACCGCGUUCCGAAUGCACCAGGGCCUGUUCGAGUUCAUGGUGAUGCUGUUCGGCUUCACAAAUGCACCGGCGACGUUCCAAGCGAUGAUGAACGACAUCCUGCUGCCAUAUCUACGCUGGUCCGUUCUCGUGUUCUUCGAUGAUAUCUUAAUCUACAGCUCAUCGUGGUCGGAUCACCUCCGCCACGUUCGCACGCUGCAGGACCACCAGCUCUUCCUCAAGAAGUCCAAGUGCGCGUUCGGGCUUCUGUCGGUGGCGUACCUCGGCCACGUGAUCUCGGAACGUGGUGUCGCAGUGGAUGAGCAGAAGGUGGAGGCCAUCCUAUCUUGGCCGAUUCCUUCCUCAGCCCGCGCCGUUCGGGGCUUCCUCGGAUUGGCGGGCUACUACCGGUGCUUCAUCCGCGACUAUGGCGCCAUCGCCGCUCCGCUCACGGCCCUCCUCAAGAAGGAGGGCUUCCGCUGGAACCCAGAGGCGGAACAUGCGUUCCGGACGCUGCAACGCGCACUAACGGCGGCACCAGUCCUGCAGCUGCCGGCCUUCGACCGCGACUUCAUCGUCGAGUGCGACGCGUCCGGGUCGGGCUUCGGCGCGGUUCUGCAUCAAGGCGGCGGCCCGGUGGCUUUCUUCAGCAAGCCAAUCGCCCCGCGUCACGCCAAGCUCGCGGCGUAUGAAUGA